AUGUUUGAGUUGAUAUUAUUGAUAAUAAUUGCCAUGACAACAGCUCAUUGGUGUUUAAUUGAAGAAACUAUUCGAUGUGAUUGCGGCUCUAAUUAUAAUCAAAAUGUAAUAUUUGAAAAAGAUGGAGUAGUGUUAUUAUAUAAUUUACAAUCCAAUGUCAUACAAAUCAAGUGUUCAAAUAUAAAAGAGAUUGAAUUUAAAUAUGAUGAAAGUGUUCAUAUUUUAAAAGUUUCUUUAAACUCCACCAAAGUCGUUUUUCAAAACACGAAUCAAAUAUUUUCAAAUGUCACACAUGCCAUUUUUGAAAUUGAUUUUAAAAAUGUGAAACGACUUUCUCCAAUGAAAUUAAAUUCAAUUAAAAAAGAAAUAGUUUGUGGUUCUACAACGCAGCCAAAUUGUUUGACUUGUGUUGACAACAAAGGAGAGUUGUGUUAUCGAUGUGAAGAUGGUUAUCAAGUUUCAACAUGUUCUGAUGAUACAUUUGGAAAAUGUGCCCUUCCAAACAACACAGAAUGUACAUUAAUUUGUGGUGAUAGUGGGCUUUACUUUUGGAGCCAAAACAGUGCAUGUGUUCCAACAAAUUGCUUAUUAUACAACAACACAGGUUAUUGUACUUCAUGUUAUCAAAAUUAUUUACUUGAUGGAGGAAAGUGUUAUCCCAAAGCCAUAAAUUGUGCAACUUAUUAUACAAAUCAAUAUUGGUGCAGUCAAUGUAACCCGGGAUAUUUUCCAUAUUAUUAUAAUUGUGUUCCUUGUGGAUAUAUGGAUGGGUGCACAAGUUGCAGUCAAAUGUAUGUAAGAAGGUGUUCAUCAUGUAGCAAUGGCUAUUACAUUAAAGAAGAUGGACUUGUUAGAAUAUGCAAGAAGUGUCCUACUGGGUGUGCAGCUUGUUCCAUCGAAAAUGAAACAAUUAAAUGUUCAAGUUGUGGAAUUGGAUAUUAUAUUAAUAACAAUGAAUGUAAAUUAUGUGGGAAUGGGUGUAAAUUGUGUUAUUCCGUAACCGGACAAAUUGACAAAACUUAUUGUAGUAUAUGUUAUGAUCAUUACUACAACAACGUAGAUAAAUUGUGCACAAUAUGUGAUUCUACAUGUGGCAAUUGCGUUUAUGGAACGGGUAUUUGCACCACGUGUGCUUCUGGAUAUGUUUUGAAAACCACAUCAAACACAAAGUGUGAAUUGUGCAAUAAUUAUGAUAGUAAUUGCGAAACUUGCCUUGAACCGAACAGGCAGUGUUAUCAGUGUGUUUCUGGAAUGUACCCGAAUAAUAACAAACAAUGUAUUAAUUGUGAUCAAUCGUGUAGUGUGUGUUCUCAAACAACUGGGAUGUGUUCUGUGUGUGCAAGUGGAUUUACAAAACCCGCAUCAGACAACCAAACUUGUGAUAGUUGUUCAACUGCUUUUCCCAAUUGUGUUUCGUGUUCACAAACACUUAGACAAUGCCAAACAUGUUCAAAGGGAUUGUAUCCACUUCAGACAUCGCCAUACACGUGCCAGCAGUGUCACUCAAGUUGUGCAAAUGGAUGUAAUUCAUCAACUGGAUAUUGCACAACAUGUGUGAGUGGAUAUGUCCCACAACUCAACCAACCAUCUCUAACAUGCGAAUUAUGUUCUUCUUUUGAUAACAACUGCCAAACUUGUGCAACUGAUGGAACACGAAGUUGCAUACAGUGUAUAAGCACUUAUUACAUCUCAGAUAACAAUAAGUGUUCAAAAUGUGAUGCGUCUUGUGAUUACAAAUGUGAUGGGAAUACCGGAUAUUGUACUUCAUGUGCAUCAAAUUUUGUUUAUAUCAAUGCAACUUCGAGAGUGUGCCAAAAGUGCAGUGAUUUUGAUUCAAAUUGUAUGGCAUGUGCAACUAACUUCAGUCGUAGAUGUAUAAUUUGCAACACGGGGGUUUAUCCAAACGACAGUGGGAAGUGUGUUUCAUGUGGGACAAAUUGCACAUACUGUGAUUCAGCAACUGGCAUUUGCACCUCAUGUGCAUCAGAAAAUGUGUUUGAAGAUCCGCCAUCAAAAGUUUGUGUGUUUUGUAAAACAUUUGAUAACAAAUGUGAAACGUGUCAAAAUGGUGGAAAUAGAAGUUGUGUGACAUGUACAGCGGGGUAUUAUCCGGGUACAACAGGAAAGUGUAUUGAGUGCGAUGCAACUUGCAAAGCAAACACAUGUGAUGUCAAGAGUGGAUUGUGUUCAAAAUGUGUUCAAAACAAUGUUGUGACAUCUCCAACUUCUCAAACAUGUCAGAAAUGCUCAGAUUUUGAUUCAAAUUGUAUAACAUGUGCAACUGAUUUUACAAGAAAAUGUGUUGAGUGCAACACCAAUUAUCAUCCAGUCAAUGGUAAAUGUGUUGUGUGUGAUUCGUCGUGCGGAGGGAGUUGUAAUGGUGUGACUGGAGUUUGCACUGGUUGUGCAUCAAAUUAUGUACCAUCAUUACUCGAUCCUUCCAAAUGUGAGCAGUGCUCAACUUUUGAUGAAGAUUGCACCACUUGUGCAGCAGGAGAACGACAGUGUUCGGUAUGUAAAACGACUAAAUAUCCAGAUGAGACAACUAAAAUCUGUAAAAAUUGCAGUUGGACAUGUGAUAACAGCUGUGAUCAAUCAUCAGGAAUAUGCACAAGUUGCGUUUUAAAUUAUGUUUUUGGAAAUCCGAAAUCGAAAAAAUGUAUUCCCUGUCAAACAUUUGAUGCAAAUUGCGUUACAUGUUCAUCCGACAAAAAAAGAAGUUGUUCCAUUUGUAAAAGUAAUUAUUACCCAAUACAAGGGCGGUGUGUACCAUGUGACUACGGGUGCACUACUUGUAGUUCCACAACAGGAAAAUGUUCGGUGUGUCAAACAAACUUUGUGCCUUCAACUGUGAAUAACACGGCGUGUGUUCCAUGUGCAGAUUUUGAUAAGAAUUGCAAGACAUGCACAAUAUUGUUUGCGCGAUACUGCAACGAGUGCAAUGACCAUUUCAAGCCUUCUGUUGAUGGGGUUUGUGUGAGUUGUGAUCCUUCUUGUAACAACAAUUGCGAUCCAAUUUAUGGAACUUGCAUCACGUGCUCACCAAAUUACGUUGUCACAUCGCCAUUAUCAUACAAAUGUGAUAACUGCAGUGUUUUUGAUCAAUAUUGUGAUGAGUGUGCGUCAGAUUUCUCAAGAAAGUGUGUGAAGUGUCGGGAUGGCAAAUACCCCAAAGAUGGUGUUAAUUGCGCCAAUUGCGAUUCAACCUGUGGCAAUCAGUGUGAUGGGAAAGAUGGUCAUUGUACUGGGUGUGUUACCAAUUACGUGUUGUCAACCACAAACAGUUUACAAUGUGAGAGUUGUGUGUCUUUUGAUCCAAAUUGUCAAACGUGUUCACCAGACUUUACAAGAAAAUGUGUGACAUGUGUUUCUGGUUAUUUUGUGUUUGAAAACAAAUGUAAAAAAUGUGACAACACGUGCAACAAUCAGUGUGACAGUUCUACUGGAUAUUGCACUGGAUGCCAGACCAACAUGGUCUUUGGUGAUACAAACAAAAGCAUUUGUGUUGCUUGUACUGAAUUUGAUCCAAAUUGCUUUAUCUGCGACUCGUCUUUCAAUAGAGGUUGCAACACGUGUACGAACAGACACUAUGUUGACACUUCAACUAAAAAGUGUAUACCAUGCAAUGGUGCAUGUAAUCAAUGUAAUGGACAAACAGGAGCGUGCACCAAUUGUUUUAACAAUUAUGUUACAGGUUUAACAUUAGGUGGUUGUGAAAGCUGUGAUUCAUUUGAUUCCAAUUGUAAAUUCUGUGCUCAAAAUCAAACACGAAAUUGCAUUCAAUGCAACUACAAGUAUUAUCCUGUGUUAACAAGUGGAGAAAUGAAAUGUGGUUUGUGUGACUCGACAUGUGGAGGGAAGUGUGAACCAACAAACGGUCAUUGCACGGGGUGUCAAAGCAACUAUGUUUUGUAUCAAACAAACAAUUUGAAGUGCCAAAAAUGCUCCGAUUUUGAUAGCAACUGUGUCACAUGCAACUCCAAUUAUGAAAGAAAGUGUACCACAUGCAACACGGGAUAUUAUCCAAAUGCAGAGGGGAAAUGCAUACCAUGUGAAGCAUCGUGUGCACCAAACACGUGUAACACGUCAAAUGGCAAUUGUGAAAAAUGCACUGAAAACAAAGUCAUCACAAGUCCAAUUUCAAAUGUUUGCGUUGAUUGCACUGCUUUUGAUUCAAGGUGUGUGACGUGUUCACCAUUAUUCGUUAGAAAAUGUGUCAAAUGUGUUGCUGGUAGUUACCCACAAACCGCUGGCGAUUUCAGAUGUAAUUUUUGUGAUGCCACGUGUGGAGGAAAGUGUGACACAACAAAUGGGCAUUGUACUGGGUGUAACGAAUCGUAUGUUCCAACAACAUCAGAUCCAUUUAAGUGUGAAAGUUGCCAAACAUUCGACUUCAAUUGUGCGACUUGUGUUUCUGAUAAAAGAGAGUGUGCUGUUUGCAGACCGAGUAAAUACCCAAAUGAUUCAAAUAAAGUAUGCCAAGACUGUGACUCAACAUGUAAUGGCGAUUGUAACACAUCAAGUGGUAUUUGUAACACGUGUUUAUAUAACUAUGUUUUCAAUGAACCAAAAGGAAUGAAUUGUGUGCAAUGUGCAACAUUUGACAGUUAUUGUGUGACUUGUGCUUUUGAUUAUUCACGAAAGUGCGUAAAGUGUUCAAAUGGGUAUUACCCCGACCCAAACGGAAAGUGUGUUGCGUGCUCAACAAUAACAAGCAAUUGCACCAGUUGUAAUAAUACGGAAAAGAGUUGUUUCAGUUGCAAAGACCCGUUUUACCUCUCAAAUCAAAAGUGUCUAUCAUGUGAAGCUGGGACUUACAAAAAGACGGAGACUACAUGCGACAAGUGUUACAAUGCUAUUUUGAAUUGUGAAAACUGUGGAACAGCUUCUGUUGGCAAUGCGAAGUGUAAUGAAUGUUAUCCCCCAUACAAUUUAAGUUCAAAUGGUAAUAGUUGUGACCAAUGUGAUUCAGCGUCAUAUUAUGACAAAACAACAAAUCGCUGUGUAAAUAGAAACACGACGUGUGCUGUACAAAUUGAAAGCACCAAAUGUGUUCAUUGCGCUGAUGAUUAUUUCAUAUCAAAUGGGAUGUGUAAAAGUGCUCAAAACUGCAACAGCCCAUCGAGUCUGUCGCCAGCGUCGUGUGAUUGUUCAGACCAAAUUUCGAUCAAUUCUGAUUGUGUGUCAAUUGCUGCAAAUUGCAAAUAUCAGAAAACAAUGAAUACUAUUUCAACGUGUUUUGUGUGCACAGACAAUUUUACUUUAUCACCAAAUGCAUGUAACAAAAUAGAAUCAAAUGAAUUGUAUAGAAAUGGUGUUCAGUAUAGUUGUCCAGAUGGCCAAUAUCUCAAUAAUAACAACGUGUGUGAAGUGUGUCCAAAUUUUGCUUCAAUUUGUAUUAAAUAUGGAAAUAAUACAUACACAUUGAAAUGCACACAAAACACAGUCAAAGAUGAUGGGACAGAGCAAUGUAUAACAGAUGAGAUGUGUUUGCAAUAUACACAUAAUUACUGCUCUAAAUGCAAGUCGGUGUCAUCACAAAUCAGAAACGGAAUAUGCACAGCCUGCCAAACACCAAACUGCCAAUUUUGCGAAGGAAACAAGUGCAAGCGAUGUGCCAACGACUAUUUGAUGGUCAAAGAGAAUCAAUGCGUUUUUCAAAAUGAACAAAACUGUGAAAAGUCGAGUGUGUCUGGCUGUGUGAUGUGUUCAAUUGGAUUUUAUCAAGUUGACUCUUUGAACGUUGAAGGCAAAUUCGAUUUCUGUCUUCCAAUACCCUCAACGGUAUAUCCAAAUUGUAAACGACUUGCUUUUUCAACGAGUAAAUGUGUAGAAUGUAACGAUUUAUUCAAAUUGAAAGGUGGGGUGUGUAAGGAAUCGUUCGAAGAUGAAGUUCCUGUUGUUCCACCAGAAACGGAACCCGAACUUCCUGUCUCUGUUAUAUCCAAUUCACAUAUUGAACAUUCAUUCAAUUUGAAAGGAGUUACUGAGUCCAAAUGUCAAAUGAGAGACAACAAAGGAUGUCAACGGUGUAAUGAUGGAUAUUACGAUGAAAAUAAUGAGUGUGUGAAAUGCACCAACGAUUGCAGUUCGUGUUACUCACAGACAUAUUGUACUUCAUGUAAAAGUGGGUUUUAUAUUGACUCAACAAAUAAAUGUCAGACCCUUGGUGAUUUGGGUGCCAAAUGCAGUGUCACGAUUCCAACAGGUGGUGGAUGUGCUAUAUGUAGAGAUGGAUAUUAUAAAGUCCUCAAAGAUUGUAUAGUCUGUGACAUUUCAUGUAGUUCAUGUAUAAGCAAUACAUCAUGUUCUGUAUGUGCGGAUGGCUAUUUCAUAAUUGAGUCCGAGAGUCACUUGUGUCAACCUAACACAACAAAUACAAACUGUUUGAAAGUUGGAUAUUAUGGCUGUGAAGUCUGUGCCGAUGGAUAUUACUUAUCACAUUCGCGUUGUACAAAAUGUGAGAAAUUGUGCACAUCCUGUAUUUCACAAAAUGUGUGUACAAAUUGUGUAUCAAAAGAAUACGUUUUAUAUGAUUCUAAAUGUGUACACUACUCUAAAAUACCAAAUUGUAUUGAGGCUACAGAUUCAAAGUGUGUAAGAUGCAAUGGGUAUAACAAACCAUCUGAAAGUGGUGACAGUUGUAUUCAAACUGUAAAUAUGGGAGCGGCAAUUGGUAUUCCAAUAUCGAUUCUACUAGUGAUGAUAAUAAUUGUUUUAUUGAUAGUGAUUACUCUUAUUGUAAUAUUCAAAAGAAAACAGAAGAAAGAAGAGCUCAAAGUGUGCACAUAUAAAAUGAGUCGCUCGAACAUCAAGAUGUCGACAUUAGUGGACAAUAUAGUAGUUAAUAAAUCCAAAUUGAAGUUUGACUUAGAAACGGACGAUCUUAUUCCUGUUGAUAAAGAGACAAGAGACUUGAUCUGCAUUGGAAACACUUCAAAACAUAAUAUGAAAGUCCAGUUCAGUGUCAUAGAAGGGUGUGAUUCUUAUCAAAUUCGCACAGUUCCUUCCAUUGUUACACUGAAAAGGGGCGAAGCUUGUGAAUUUGAGAUAUUUAUACAACCCCUUUGUACGUGUAAAAUCGAAGAAAGUGUGAUGAUCACUUCACUUGAUAUAACAACAGGAAAUGUCGUAAACGCUAAAAUAGGAAUUGACACAACUACACAACAGACGACCAAACUUAAUUAUAAAGAACUUGAUGUGAUCACCAAACUUGGCGAAGGAUCAUUUGGCAUUGUGUAUAAAGGCAAUUACAGAGGAAAUAUAGUAGCCAUAAAAAAGAUGAAACAAAUUGCAUCACCAAACACAGUUACAAAUGAAAUUACUGAUGAAAAGAAGUCACUUGAUGAAUUUGAGAAGGAAGUGAACAUGUUGGACAAAUUCCGGAGUGAUUAUAUCGUCCACUUCUAUGGCGCUGUGUUCAUACCAAACAAGGUGUGUAUGGUCACUGAAUAUGCACAUUUUGGGUCUUUGAAUGAUGUUUUGAAACAAAAAAAGUCAACUGAAGUUGAAACAAAAAUGCGUAUUAAAAUUAUUUUAGAUGCAGCAAGAGGAAUUCAAUAUCUCCACGAGAAUAGCAUUUUACACAGAGACAUCAAACCAGACAACAUUCUCAUAUUUUCAUUGGAUAAUAACGAACGUGUCAAUGCAAAGCUGACUGAUUUUGGAUCAUCUAGAAAUGUCAAUAUGUUGACAACAAACAUGACAUUCACAAAAGGUAUUGGAACACCAAGUUACAUGGCACCUGAAAUAUUAAAAAUGAAACACUACAAGAAACCAUCAGAUAUAUACUCGUUUGCGAUUACAAUGUACGAGUGCUUUGGGUGGUGCAAUGCUUUUUCAGAAAAACAGUUCAAGUUUCCAUGGAAAAUUGCAGAGUUUGUGACACGAGGAGAACAUCUUGAAAAACAAAGUUCAAUGUCUGAUGAACAGUUUGGUGUCAUUCAAAAAUGUUGGUGUAAAAAUCCAAUUGAAAGGAUUGAUAUAGGAGAAGUUGUCAACUUGAUCAAUGGUAAAAAAACCACUUCCAUCCUUUUAACCGCUCACAUUCGACUUUAUAGAUUUGAAUUAUAUUAA